AUGAAACGUGUAUAUCUAAGUGGGGCGCAAAAGCGUAAAAAAGGAGAAGUAAAGGAAAAAGAAAUAUUCAAGCUACAAAAGAUAUCAGACUUUUGUACGCUUUUGAAUAAAGAGACUCAAGCUGUUCCUAGUACUUCUAAUUUAAAUAUUUUUGACAUACAAAUCAUUGAAGAAGCGAAUACGGAGCCCAUCGAUCCUUCAGGAUCACUGAUACCAAAACUGUCAAAUUUAGAAAAUAAUGAGAUUGAACAGUCUAAAUAA